AUGCCGCGAGGGUGCGACGGCGAUCCCCACGCGGGCAAUGGGGAGAACACCGACACGCUGCGGGUUGUUGACUUCCCCUGCGCCCGUCUCCUGACGCUCUGUCGCCCAUCCGCGCUUAACGCCCUGUCGCUCGAGAUGGCUCAACACAUGUUGUGGCUGCACCUAAAAAAACCGCAUCCACGCCUCCCUUGCCGCGCCAUAUAUGUCCUAAAAGGCGCCGGCACCAAGAGCUUCUGCGCUGGUGGUGACAUUCGGGAUAUUGUCACCCAUGGCACCCUGAGUAGCUUCCUGAGCAUGACCUAUCGCCUGAAUUAUCACAUACUCACAAUGCCAAACCCCCAAGUCUCUUUGUGGAAUGGCUACGUCAUGGGCGGAGGUGUGGGCGUUUCUGUGCAUGGACGAUAUCGUGUGGCGUCGGAGCAUGCCCUCUUUGCAAUGCCAGAAACGGCCAUUGGAAUGUUCCCAGAUAACGGCAUGACGUACAGGUUUCAGCAGCUUCCUUUUAAAGGGCUCGGCCUGUACCUUGGCCUAACGGGGGCGCGCCUGAAGGGGGCGGACUUGGCCCACGCGGGCCUUGCAACACACUAUGUCCCUUCCGCCUCCUUUGCGCAGCUGGAGGAGCGCCUGUGCAGCAUUGAUGACCCUGCGAGGACGGAGGCGUGUCUGGAGGAGUUUGCCGUGAAGGAUCUGCCCCCGUUCACGCUUGAGCCGCACCGUGAGACGCUUGCGAGGAUCUUUGCAUUGGAAGACACAACCACGGUGGAGGGCAUUGUGGAGGCCCUCUCCGCCGACGGCGGUGAAUUCGCGUUGCAGGCGCUGAAGCUGCUACGCAAAGCCUCUCCCACGUGCCUUAAGGUGACGCUGGAGUUGUUCCGCCGGGUGUCCCGGCUCAGUAGCAUGCGGGAGGCCAUGUCUUUGGAGUACAACGUUAUUCAGCGCAUUGCGGCGACCAACGAAUUUGCGAUUGGCGUGCGGGCGCUGCUAAUUGACAAGACGGGCGACUCGCAGUGGGAGCGGAGGACGCUGGAGGAGGUGACGCCCUCCGCGGUGGAACACUUCUUCGACGGCGCGGGCCUCGCGCCGUGGGAGCCGGAGGCCCCCUGGGAGGCCAUGGCGGAGGCGGCCGGCGAGGCAAAGUGGCGGCCCCCCCACGCCUAUCACAUAUACUUUUAA